GGUGUUUCAGUAGAGAUUUAGAAACGAAGCCGAACAGAGCUUCUUCACACAUAAGAAUAAAGUUCUUUCAACGCCAAGAAAUCCAUUAAACUCCAGAGCAAUGAAAGUCUUGCCACAAAUUCUCCUGUUAGUCUCAGUAUUCUUACUGCCUGUAAUAUUGGCAUCACCUUUACCGGAGGAGCGAAAACAUUCCCGACACUUUGAUUUUGAGAUGGACAAUGGUUAUAAGAGAUCAGAGGAUGUCAGCUACAACGUUACAGUGACAACUGAUGGAAAUACGACCGAGGAGCCACAAACAACGAAGCCAAUUGAGAUUCGAGGUGGUUACAGUUAUAUAUCCGACGAUGGCUAUGAGUAUCAGGUCUUUUAUAAGGCGAAUAAAAAAAGGUUUCCAGCCUUAUGUGACAGCGCAUAAGGUGCAUUCAACCAAGGAUUAACUUUAAAUCAUUGUGAUUACAAAAAAUCAAAGUAAUUUAAAUAUAAAUGAAAAUCA